AUGAGCGCCAGAACUCGACGGCAAAAGGCUGCCUUGGCAGUCAACGGGGAGGAGAGUGAUGAGGGCAAUGGUGCUGCGACCACGCCAUCCAAGCGCACACCUUCGAAGAGACGGAAUCGUUCUGCGGUGCGCGAUGAGCCGCGGGAGAACGUGUUUUUGUUCUGGCCUAAUCUGAUCGGGUACUCUCGAAUCAUCCUUGCUUUCGCGUCACUUUACUACAUGCCCCUCCAUCCUCGGACAUGUUCCAUCUUGUAUAGCGUGUCUUGUCUGCUCGAUGCCUUGGACGGAUAUGCGGCGCGGUACUUUGAUCAGUCUACCACCUUUGGUGCCGUAUUGGAUAUGGUGACAGAUCGCUGCACCACAUCGUGCUUGCUGGUCUUCUUGGGCUCCGCCUGGCCCCGGUGGGCUAUUGUUUUCCAAGGUCUCAUCUGUUUGGAUCUGGCCAGUCACUACAUGCACAUGUACGCCACUUUGAGUAUGGGCGGAUCCAACCAGAGUCACAAAAAGAUUGACUCCAGCCGAAGCUGGGUGCUCUACCAAUACUACAACAGCAAGAUCGUUCUUUUCAUCUGCUGCUGUCUCAACGAGGUCUUCUUCAUCGGCCUCUACCUGCUGUCCUUCUCCUCGCCCACCCUGUCCCCCUCGCUUCUGCAGCCGGUCCCUGAUGCCCAGCCAUCUUCCGCCCAGCCCGGUAACCCCGCGCACCCCCAGCCCGGUAGCUUGUUUGCGAGCCCGUGGAGUGCCGGUGCUCUUGAGUUGGCUCGUGCCAACAAGAUCGAUAGCUUCUGGCCUUGGGUCAUCACCGGUAUCGCGGCCCCUGUUAUGGCAUUCAAGCAGUUUGUCAACGUUGUCCAGAUGGUGAAUGCUAGCAAGUGGAUGGCUGAAGGUGACCGUGAGGCCCGUCGCCAGCGCAAGAGAAAAUAA